AUGUCUUCUGCCAAGGGUGUUCAACAAGGAGACCCCCUUGGUCCAUUACUCUUUGCCCUUACACUGCACCCUCUAGUAUUCAAAAUUGUUAUGCAGUGCUCUUUGGAUUUGCAUGCCUGGUAUUUAGAUGAUGGAACCAUCAUUGGUGACACUCUAGAAGUUUCAACGGCUCUACAGAUCAUACAGAGUGAAGGUAGGGCAAGAGGACUGCAUUUAAACAUCAACAAAACGGAAAUUUUCUGGCCAAACCCAGACCCUAGAAGUUUUGAGGAUGGUGUCUUUCAUGCUGACAUUGGCAGAGCAUCUAACGUAGUUAAGCUGCUUGGAGGCCUUGUUAGUUUGGAUGCACAAUUUUGUGGGGAUUUGGUUAUGACUACAGUGGACAAAACAAUCCAGCUCAUGAACUCGGUGAAGAAGUUACAAGACCCACAAUGCGAGCUUUUACUUCUAUGUUACUGCACAGGGGUAUCCAAGCUCUACUUCACCUUGCGUACUACUUCCCCUCAGUUCAUUCAUGCUGCCAGCAACCACUUUGAUCAUCACCUAUUUCAGUUCCUGCAACAUUUGGUUACUGGCGAUGGUGCUGGAUUCAACCCUCUACAGCAGCGGCUCGCCACUUUACCUAUCAAGGACGGUGGAUUCGAUGUAUAUACAAUGACGGAUACAAGCCAGUAUUUCUUUUUGGCAUCCUGUAUUCAAACACGGUGCUUACAGGCCACCUUCUUGAAGAAUAUGGACUGGGUUGAGAUGGAUUCGUUAAUGGAGAAAGAGAAAGGAGGAAAUGGACAGAGAUUGGGGUUGAUUUAG